AUGCUUCGACCUAAGUUUUUCUUUACGGUUUAUAAGAGCGUUCGCGCCGUGAUAGCAGCCAGCGGGUCGCAAGCUCCUAGGCCGCCGUUAAGCGACUCGCAAUCCUCGCAAUUCCUAUCCAUUUCGUCGCACGCACCAUCGUUAGAAUCGCCCUCACUCUCGAAUUCGUCGCAACCACUGUCGCAACAACAAUCUUCGCCACAACCACCGCCGCAACCGCAAUCCUCAAGUGCUCCCGUCGUUCGAUCCGGUGUGAGCGAGCCUGCUGCCGAGACGCCUCAAGACGCUAGCGGGUCGUACUCGCUAUACAGUGCUCCGAAUGCGGGGCAUUCCGUCCCUGGGAACGCCGAGAAGGAAUGCACAGCGGCCCUGGGAGCUCCGGUUACAGGGUUACCUCAUAAUGAGGUUGCGAAUAAAGCAUCGCAAAAUCAACAGAUUGUGAAAACCUCGCGCGAGCAGCAACCGCAGCAGACGCUGCAGGUGCAACGAGUGCAUCAGACGCAGCAAGAGCAGCAGCGUAGCUUGCUCUUAGCACGGCAGGGAUCGCCAUUCCAAGCAGCCAUGGCGGUCGAAACCGCGGCCAGCGGAAAUGCUCCACCAGCAGCGCUAGUAGCCCCAUCAGUGACCGCUAGUGGCGGCAGUAUCACACCCCAUCAGACCUCGCACCAUCCCUCCUCUCACCAUGCCUCCUCAACCUCCUACGCCUUCCUCCCGUCCUUUCGGUCCCUCGCCUCCUCUUUUAAGAAGCUCUUUAAGCGUCGUUCGCCGUCCGAGCCUGUGCUGCAGCCUCGGCAGGAUGACGCGGCCGAUUUGGUUGCCGAGGCUACUCAACAGGAUCGGCAGCAAGCUGUAACCGAACUGGCUGCCGAGCCAAGCUCGCAAGGAGGAAUCUUUGGCAGAAUCAGCAGCACUGCGGGCAUUUUUUUCAGUCAGCCUCCCAAAUCGCCGUAUCUCUCGUCCAGCCUGGCAGAUGCGACAGGCACUGCCGGCCGGAGGCCGCAUGUGAUGGUUGCAGAAGGGGGGUUGGCGGAACGUGCGGGAAUGCAGCAAAUGGCGGAGAGAGUAGCGGAGAGGAUAGAGGGGAGGGUGAUGAGCAGGGUUGUGGCAAGAGUGGAGGAGAGCGCAGAGCUUGAGUUUCGCAUGGAGGAUGUGGCACUGGACAGUGGCACGCGGGCAUUGAGACAUGGGCAGGUGGAGGGAAGCAGCGGGGUGGAGAGAAGAAUGGAGGCGGCAAAGAAAGGGCGAGGGCUGUCAAGGGCCAGUCGCAGCCACAGCAGCGCGUUAGCUGUGCGUUCUGGUGGUGCUAGUGGUGGUGGUGGUGUUGUUGGUGGUGGUGCUGGUGCUGGUGCUGGUGCUGGUGUGAGCAAUGCGGUUUAUCGCACUCGCACGCUCAACAUAUAUGCAGCCCCACCGAGGCCUGCUUCAGGUGCUGCUUCAGGUGUUUUUUCAGUUACUGCCUCGGGUUCGGAUUCAGGUGUUUCUUCAGGUGCUCCUGGAGCAGCAGUUGCACCACGAUCUCCGCUCCAGCAUGGGAGCCUGGGGAACGUGCGGGCGUUUCACGUGUCUGAGGCGCUGAAACACCUCUGGGACGCUGAUGCAGGUCUGGCGUUGUUCCGGUGGGCCAAGGACGUGCAGGGAGUGAAGCCGGACGUUUACGUGUACUCAACGCUCUUUGGGCUGCUGGGGAGGGGGAGGGACGCGGCGAAUCUGGCGAGGGUGGUGCAGGAGAUGAGGGAAGACGGGUGUGAGCACAACGCGGUCACGCUGCAGUCGCUGGCGACGGCAUAUGGCCGCGCUGGGAGGUGGGAAGAGGCGCUGGCGACGCUGGGAGCGAUGCAGGGUGGUGGAGAGCGGCAGAGCAUUCCGCAUGACCUGACUCUGAUUGGCCCUCGAGUGGACGCUCUAUUCCGCACGGGCCGCUACAGCGACGCCAUCAAAGCAUUCACCGAUCUGCGCAACGCCGGGCACGUGCCCGACUCGUUGGUCUGCAACACUGUGCUCACCUGCUACAGCCGCGUGUCUCACCCCCGACUUUUCUCCCCCCUCCCUCGUGUCUCCCCUCUCUCCUCAGCCCCCGAGUGGAUGCUCUCUUCCGAAUGGGCCGCUACAGCGAUGCGAUCAGAGCAUUCGCCGAGCUGCGCAACGCCGAGCACGUGCCCGACUAGUUGCCCCCGAGUGGAUGCUCUCUUCCGCAUGGGCCGCUACAGCGAUGCGAUCAGAGCAUUCGCCGAGCUGCGCAGCGCCGGGCACGUGCCCGACUCGUUUGUGUACAACACAGUGCUCACCUGCUACGGCCGCGUGGGGAAUUCCACGGGUGCAGAGGAGGCGUUUAAGGAUAUGAUUCGCCAUGGUGUGGCGCUGGAUGUGCGGUGCGCCAAUAGCCUCAUGGAUGCGUAUGGCCGCGCGGGGCAGGUCGAUGAUGCCAUGGCUGUGUUUGACCGCAUGUGCCUCGCUGCUGUUGCUGCUGGUGGGGCGAGUCACGUGAGCGGACGUGGAGGAGGGAGAGGAAAAGGGAGAGGAAAAGGGAGUCGAGGUGGGGAAGAGGGACAUGCGAGGGAUUGGGGAGGGAGCCGCAACAAUGCUCAUCUGCCCGGUGCUUCUGCUGUAGCAGGGAUACCCCCGCUGAAUCCGCAUGUUGCUGCUGACAAUGCAUCCACGUUACAUGGGUCGGCAGCACGAGCUAUCACGUACAGCUGUGCCAUCCACCUUCUCAGCAUGGCUGGGCGGCUGACUGAAGCGGAAGAAACUUUCGAGGCGAUGCUGGUGGCGGGCAUGCAUCCCGACACCAUCACAUGGUCCACCAUGGUGCAGGUGUGGGCGAAAGAGGCGAAUCCCGAGCGCGCCGCGAUGUGGUUCAGGCGCAUGGUGGCGGCGGGGUGCCGGCCGGAAACCCCGGCGUACAACUCGCUCAUUUGGGCGUUUGUGAGGCGCGGCAUGUUUGACGAGGCUGGGGAGGUGCUCACUGCUCUCAAACAUGGUGGAGAAGUAGAAUCAGAUUUCCUUCCAGGCAGAAUAGGCCUGGGAAAUGCUGGCACUAGCGCCAGUGCCGUUGCGGGUGCCGGCUCACGAAGUAAAGCGGGGAACGCAAAGCUUGAUUUGACUCCGAACCUUAUGACCUACACCAUGUUCCUGAGCGAGUGCACGGAAUCUGCCGCCCGCAGUGACGUGGCGCGGCUGCUGCGGCUGAUGGAAGAGACGGAGCAUGCCGCCCACGCGGUGUUCCAGCUGCUUAUGGAGGAGCCUUUUGAGUCGACUCACGUUUUACUGGCGGCAGGCGCUGAGAGUGACAGUGAGAGUGCUCCUUUGAGUGGUGCUGUGUGUGGAGCUGGGAGUGCUGCUGGGUAUGAAGCUGGUGAUGGGGAAUCGAGGUGUGAGGGAGAGAGUGAGGGAGGAAGGUGCGAGGAAGUAGGGUGGGGCGCGGUUCGUGGAAUGAUAGAGAGGGGACUGGUGGAGGUGGAGGUGAGGGGGGUGGUGGGGGAGUGGGAGGAGGAGAGGUGGCAGGAGGUAGAGAGGAGGAUGAGAGGGAGUGCAUUCAGGCAGUCAAGUGCCGAGUCCCAACGUGCCUUUGCUGACGCCUGCAUUGCCUUCUUGCAUAAAUUUGGGCGGCACGAGCGGGCAGCCCGCAUGUGGGACCUCUGCCACACGCGGCUAAGGCUGUACCCUUGCAGCAUACAGCUGCCCGCAAUAUCCGGGCAGGGCGGAGAGUGUUUUGUAGAUCUGCACGGCAUGUCAGCAGGGACAGCGGUGACAGUGACCAAGUGGGCGUUGGAGAAGAUGCGGCAGGCUGUGGUGGCCUCUGCUGCUGCAGGUGCUGUUUCAGGUGCUGCUUCAGCUGCUUCACCUUCCUCUGCUGCAUCAGCCGUUGCCAAUGCAUCAACUGUAGCCAAUCCAACAGCAAGCCCAGACACUGCUGUAGGAGCAACACAAAUAGCAGAAUCACCCACAGAAUCAUCAUCAGCGUCAGAAUCAGGAGCAGCCGAAGCAUCGCCUCUGGCCGAAUCACCGCCAGCACCGGCCUUGCAGUGGCAGCAGCCGUCCAAGGUAGCAGUGGUGACAGGGUGGGGCAAGCGCAGCCGGGUGCAGGGGGCGUCGCUGGUGAAGGCAGCGGUGGAGGCGCUGCUGCUGAGGGACCUCACAGCGCCCUUCUCCCUCCACCGCUUCCACCCCGGCUCCUACGAGGCCCCCGGUGCUGAUCUUGAGGCCUGGCUGCUCACGCCAGGUGUCGAGCAGCUACUGGCUCCCCGAGACGAGGGCUGA